AUAUAUAAUAACAUAUCAGCCGUAGUGUUUCAGUUACAAUUACCUGCGCUACAACAAGAAAUUCUCCUUAUCACCGUCCUGUAGUGUGAAGUGCCGUAGACUGAAUCGAACAUCUAGAAUGAAUCGUGUUACCAUACAUCAGCGUGACGUGAUAUGUUUUGCUCCGUAAUUCGUUGCCCUCAGAUUCCACUAUGACUAUAGCUGAGGUGAUUGUCAUUUUGGCUCUUUCCUCCCAUGGAAUACUGUCAAUCACUCCUGUUCCUAAAGAUUACAGUAUAUGUGGAGAGAGCUCGCUGUCCGUUCGUUCAAGGAUCAUCGGUGGUGCAGUAUCGCGGCAUGGCAUGUGGCCCUGGCACAUUGGUCUGUACAAACAAACAAAUGAAAAAAACAAGCUGAUAUGCGGAGGUGCGCUGAUAUCUAACCGAUGGGUCUUGACUGCUGCUCACUGCUUUUACGAAAUACAAAGAAGUCCAACUAGGAUAUGGCACCAAAAAGACAUUUCUCCUGCCACCAAGUAUUCCGUAGUGGCCGGGGACCACAAUAUACACCAAAAUGAUUUAUCAGAACAGACGCGUUUCGCUUCAGAGAUUCUCAUCCAUCCAAACUAUCGCCAUGCUCCUUACUACGAGAAUGACAUUGCAUUAAUUCAACUCAACCAAAGUGUCACAUUCAGCCCCUACGUACGCACUGUCUGCUUGCCAGAGAAAAGCGAGAGACCGCUGACCAAGCAAGGCCGGCUCAUUAGUGUUCCCGGAUGGGGGAGAUCACAGCACAGCUUAUUCUCUCCAAUUCUCAAGUAUUCCGUAUUUAAAAUCCAAAGCGACAACAAAUGCGAUCAGUCCACCACCUAUUUCUUUAAUAGUUCAGUGACGUUUUGUUCUGGUGAUGGUAAAGGACUUACAGAUACCUGUAAAGGUGAUAGUGGUGGUAGUUUGGUUAGAAAGGUAUUGAGAAAGGGUGUGUACCGAUGGGUGUCGGUUGGUCUGGUCAGCUGGGGUGAGGGAUGUGCUGUGAAAGACAAGUACGGUUACAACACAAGGAUAGAAGCAUUCAUCGACUGGAUUCAACAGAAAAUUUUCCCUGGAUGUGCUAAUCCUGGAAACAUCCCACAUGGGCGAUUUUCUGGUAGCGAUUUUUCGACAGGUUCUCAUGUUGUGUACCGUUGCUCUUCUGGCUACAAAAUGAAAGGCAAAUCUUCAAGGACGUGCAAAAGUAGUGGAAAGUGGACAAGAGCACCUGCAUGCAAAAGAGAUAGGUGUAGAUCACUCAUUCAGAGGUUGGCUCAAGCGCGUCGUCCAAAGGGCACUCGACUGAUUUUACGUCGAGGCUCUUACUCACAAGUAAUGUACAAGUGUAGGCCAGGCUUCACUUUCCAUAAUGGCAGGAAAAGUGUUAUAAGACGGUGUUCACGUGGCAGGCUGUCUGCGAGAGAACCAAGGUGUCGAGCAUCGUGCUCCAAGCCUCCAGCCAUUCUUGGCGGUACAAAAAUUGGUAAUGUCUUCCACCACGGCAAGACAGUGAGGUUUCAGUGUUUCCGUCAAUGGACUUUGGUUGGUGCCCACGUGAUAAGAUGUAAAGAUGGCAAAUGGGAUUUCACUACAAGGUGUUCACCGCCGUGUGCAAAUCCUCAAACGCCCUUAGGUGGAUAUCGCAUUGAUAAUGAUUUUACUCACGGUAAAACGGUACGAUUUCGAUGUCUGGGAAAGCGAAGGAUGUAUGGAACGUCAAAUAUUACAUGCAACGAUGGCAAGUGGUAUAACGAUCCUCCAAAGUGUAUGUGGGGUCUCUGUCCGGACCCCGGCGUACCUACCGAUGGAUUUCGGUUCGAUCUUGAUUUUCGCCAUAACAAGACCAUCCGGUUCCAGUGCAUGGAAGGAAAGAAGCUGAUUGGACGAAGUGUAAUCACGUGUAGAUAUGGACAAUGGAACCACGAGAUACCACGGUGCUUGAGUCCAACACAAAAACCUAGGGAUUACGCUGCAUGUGGCGUAAGCCCAUAUAAUCAACGAGGAAGAAUAGUGGGAGGAAACAGAGCUGGAAGGGGAACAUGGCCGUGGCAGGUUGGGAUCUACGAAGAUGGGUCAUCCACAGGUAAUCUCGCCUUACGUUGUGGAGGAGCAUUGAUUGCUAAAAGAUGGGUUCUUACAGCAGCAUCUUCAUUUUACGACGAAAGAAGACCGUUAAUACCAAAUCGAUUUAUCAUCAAAGUGGGAGAUGAUGAUCGAUACACCAAAGAACCAGAAGAACACGAACUACCAGCCGAAGAAAUAUUCAUUUAUCCAAACUACAAAGACUUUCCUUUUUACGAAAAUGACAUUGCGCUGAUAAAACUUCCAGAUGGAUUAAAGCUCGGUCCUUUCGUUCGCCCGGUUUGUCUACCCAAACAAAAUGAAGAUUUGCUGCAGCCAGGAAAGGUUGGGAUUGUCGCGGGAUGGGGAACUACUCAAGUUCUCAAAAUUGGUCAGGGCCCAAGUUCGAGUAAAAAGACAUCUAGAGCUCUAAUGCACACCGCACUCACAAUUCAAAGUGAUAGUUUGUGUAACCAGAAAACCAAAUUUCAUUUUAACUCUUCUGUGACGUUUUGCGCGGGUGAUGGGAAAGGUGGCAACGACACCUGCCAAGGAGACAGCGGUGGAAGCUUUGUCAGGGAAGUAUUAAGAGACAGCGAACACAGAUGGGUGUCUGUUGGGUUGAUAUCGUGGGGGGAGGGGUGUGGAUUAAGAGACAAGUAUAGUUAUUUUACCAAGGUUGCGCCAUUUGUUAACUGGAUCCGCAAAACCAUCCAAGAAAAUCCAUGAGUCUUAACUUUGAUCAUUGACCAAGUGGAAGAUAACUGCUUUUUGUUCAAUUUGCAUACUUAAAAAAAAAAAAUGAGGGAGGGGGAGGUAGUGUGCAUGGUUUACAUAUUUUAUCACCAGUCCAUAAAAAAUAAUUUUUCAACUCGAAUUCAAUGUCAAAUUCUUACAAUCAAAAAUUAUUCACUCGAUUUUUUUAUUUCAUUUUAUUUUUUUGCGUAAACUUAAAAGGCAAGUUAACGCUGCAACUUUAAUUUGAGUAGCAGAAAUCGCUAUUAGAGAAACCAAAUUGUUAAUUGGAAUCCGAAAGAGAUGCUGCGACCAUUUCCAGUACUUUCGUAUUGACCUUACCAUUGUUUUCAUUGCUACGCGCUGAUCUAGACGACAAGUAAAUCAGGCAGUACACUGCCGUCAAUCAAAUAUAUUGUUCGUACAUACUUUGAUUGACAGUAAGUAUUGCCGACACCAGGGGAAAACGUUUGCGCAUGCGUGCACUUCAGCACGUUUUCUAAGAAUUUUGAAGAGUUUGAGUGAGAAAACAAAUUGUUUUCUCCAAGUAUACAAAAAAGUUCGAGAGUAUACUUUUGUCAGACCAAGAUACUGCAUUAACAAACACAAUAUGAAAGAAUUAGUCUUAAGUUUCAAGCACGGACACUAAGUUUUGGCAUUUUGUGAAGUCCAAGAUUUAUAAGGCGUGUUUGAGAGUCAAAUUUACUGGUUUUGACUAAUUUGYAUACGAAUUCAGAGCAUGCGCAGACGUUUUUCACUCGUGUCGGUAUUGCCCGAUUUCCUUGUCGCGACUGUUGUCUCCAUCAGUGCGUAGCAAUGAAACGGUAAGCUACACUAAUCGCCAUGUUUGAUGGAAGCUCUUCAAUUGAUUCAACACUGUCUUCAUAUAUCAUGAUCUUUAAUACCAAUAAAAUCUAUAAUCUUUAGAA